CCGAGUUCCCAGUGCGCACUCAGUUCUGCCCAAUGAAAAGCGCUAUUAGUUUACAAACACGUAACCGCGAUGCAUUUACGUUAUUCACGGUGAUUGUGUUGGGUGGGAAGGUGGAAAUAGGAAGAGGGGAGAGUUAGUGCGUUGCAAAUAAAUGCUUACUUUGCACCUUCUCUCAUUUUUUGUAUUCAUUCAGUGUUACGUUUAUUACUUAUCAUCGCUGUUUACCAUUAUGCUGAAAGUCGCAUUUGUGUGUAUACACGUGCCAAUAAAUAAUUUCGCAUUUAAAAAUUUUCUCGGUUUCUUGAUUUGUGAAAUGUGAUGAAAUGAGAGAUACGUCGGUCGAUGUAUCACUUGAAAAAAAAACUGUUUUAUCAUCGAUAAUCCUGCUUUUUAAUUGCAGUGAUUGCGCCACGAAAUAUAUAUUCUUUUGAUGUAAAUUUAUUAUUGAUGUCUAUCUUGAUCAAAAGUCUUAUAAUUUUAAUAAUAAAUGAAGGAAAUUUUUGCAUAUAUACGAAUGGAGUUUUCAAAAUAUCUAUUUAUAUAAAAUGUUUUAAAUUUGUACAAAUAUCUUAAACAAAUACAUAUGUUGUGUGAUAUUUUUAAGCCAAUAGAUAAGAAAGUAGACAGUAAUUGUCGAAUAGAUUCAUUUUAAGCCAUAUUUGGAUCUGUAAAAUAUAGAUUGGUAAAAAAUACAGUUAUAUACCAUUCAAUACUUCAUUAAAACAGAUAUCGGAAUAAGAAUAAAUCUUUGGGAUUAAGAGUUCUAGACGUUUUUAAAAACUCUUUAGUUAGUGAAUAUAUGUGUCAAGGAUAUAAGAGAAAACAGAAAUAUGAAUAGAGGACACGAUGCUACUUAUACUGAAAGGGAUAAUCAUCUAUUUGAAUACUGGGAAGAAUAUCAGAAAAUAAUAGAGGAGACAAAAAUACUGGAUGAUUAUUUAGAUGAAGAAUGUAAGCCUCAAAGUUAUGAUGAAGGAGAGGAAGAAGCUGAAUGGUUACGUACAGCAGGUUUAGGACAAUUAACAGAGGCAUGGAAAGCAGGCAGGGAAAUACAACCUGAGGAAUUAGGAGCAGCUUUGCGUCCUCUGUCACGGGUUCAAGCAGAAGCUGUGAAACGUCGUGUGAGAUCACUUAAUCAUACCGUUAAACAACGUUUUAAUCAACGCCAACGUGUUCGCAAACCAGAUAUUAGAGAUGUCUUUAAGGAUGUCGAGCUCUCUAGUACGGGUACACGAUCACGUAGUGCUACUCCUGAUUCUUUAGAUUCAAUUCCAAGCACUACAGAAAAUGCUUCACCUCCUUCACCUCCUUCACCUCCAUCAGUGAUCGAUGAUACUCACCAAAGUACUAGUGUUCCGAGUUUUGUUUCUAUAUUUCACCAAACAUCAAAUAAUGGAAAAGCAACGAUUCGUAGAAUGCCAAGUGUUCCACAAACGAUUUUCAAUUCUGUGCCAGUACCUACCUCAACUUCUGUACCCGUACAAGAAAUUUUUAGGAAGACUGGUAACUGGGCAAGGGGUGAUGUCGCAAAUGAUUCUGAAGGAAUUCAACUAACUAGCUACCACAGAUUAGGAACGAUACAUAUUGUCAGACCAAUUCAAAGGCAUAACAAUAAUCUUAAUAUAACAAAUUUAGAUUCAAAAUCAAUUAGAAAAGUGAUGGUACCAAAGGAACCGACUCUUCGACGAAGUUCAGGAAGUCAUGCGACAAUAACUCGAAGUCACAGCAGUUUAUAUGGCUUGACCAGACCAAUGGAUGAAAAUUUAAUAACUCAUCCAUUGAGUCGCACGUCGUCACAUGGUUAUCUUAGUUUCGAAGAAAUGUGCAAAACUAAUGAAGCUAAAUCUCAAGGAUGGUCUUCUGAUAAUUUUAUGACUAAUGAUAAUUAUGCUCAGCAAGAUGUAGAAUUAUUAUCGCAACGAGAUUUUACAAGAUUACAGCCUCUUUUAUGGCUCGAGCUAACAGCGAUUUUCGAUAAGUAUAAUAUACCGCUUACGAAACGAAAACCGAAUAAACGACGAAGCAAAACUGGAAAUUUGUUUGGCGUUUCUUUAUCGACACUAUUGCUCAGGGAUAGUCAAUUAACGAACGAAGAAAGUAAUAUACCACUAGUAUUUCAAAAAAUACUUAACGAGUUGACAAAACGUGGAGUAAAAGAAGAAGGUAUUCUUCGUGUUGGGGGUCAUAAACAAAAGGUGGAAAUUAUUUGUAUGGAGUUAGAAACAGAUUUUUAUUGUAAACCGAAAGAGAUGGACGAGUUAUUUAAAUGUAUUCCAUGUCAUGAUUUGUCAGCUGUUUUGAAAAAGUUAUUACGAGAUUUGCCGCAACCUCUUCUUACCGUCGAGCUAAUCGAUGCUUUCUAUCAAAGUCAUGGUGUCAAGAAUUCCAAUGAUUUAGUGUAUUCUCUUAAUUUGUUGGUAUUAUUAUUACCUAUCGAACAUCGGUGUACUUUAGAGGCAUUGUUGAAUUUUCUAAAACUGGUCAUCGAAAAUCAGACAUCGAAUAAAAUGUCGAUACACAAUGUGGCAAUGAUAGUGGCACCAUCACUUUUUCCGCCCCGGUAUGUUCAUCCUCGAGAUCAUAUGGAUCUGACCGCUCAGAUUAACAUGGCUGCCAUAUGCUGUCAGAUAACGGAAGCUCUACUUAAUAAUAUUGAAAAGUUAUGGUAUGUUCCGACGGAGCUGAUAAAUCAGUUAAGAAGACGAGCCGAAAUGGAAAGAUAUCGCAAAUAUAAGAAAAAAUAAUUAUUAGAUAUAUUAAUAAGUUUCGUGUAAUUAAAAAUUGUUAUUUUCAUAUUAAUGUAUAAGUUGUGUAACAUUAACAUUAUUGAAUUUUAUAAAAACUAUGUUAAAUUUUUUAAAUAAUAUAUUGCACACAUAAUAUUUGAAAUAAUAAUGUCUAUUUGCAUAUUACAUGGGCUUGCGUGUGUAUACAUAUAUAUGCGCACGGCCGCGCAUGAGUAUAUAGUGUAUACUUUUUUAUUUUAUAAAUCUUAAGAUGUGCAACUUAAUUAUUAUUUAAUAUUCUUUCUGGUUUUUAAAUAAUUUCUGCAUUUGGAUGAUGUCAAAAGCAAGAAAACACAUGAAAAAAUUUCUGCAGUAUACAUUAAAAUGAGAAUAUUUUUCAAUAAAACGUUUGCGAUCGAUAUAAGCCUUGCAAAAUAUAUAAAAAAUUAUCUUAUUUU